AUGCCCCAACUACCUCGCUACGAGUAUACCGGUCCCGUGGAUUGCAGCAUUCCACCAAAUAGGGCCGUCCUGAAGGAUAAAAGUGUUAUUGUGACUGGUGGUGCCAAUGGCAUGGGCGAGGCAACGGUGCGCGCCUUCGCGGCAGAAGGGGCAUACGUUACAAUUGCCGAUCUUGACGAGACUCGAGGAAAGGAGAUAGCAGAGGAGCUGAGCCCGAAUGCCCAGUUUGUGAAAUGCAACAUCAUUUCCUGGAACGACCAGGCCGAAAUGUUUGAAGCUGCCAUUGCAAACUCUCCUCGCAAAGGUUGUGACAUUGUUAUCGCCAACGCUGGUAUUAGUCGUGCUUUCGGUGACGACCUGUGGCCUUUGGAUGAUCCCAACGAGCCCCCUGUCAAGCCAAAUCUCAACAUUGUCAAUGUCAAUUUAAUUGGCACAAUGUACACCUGGAAGCUGGCGGUUCACUACUUUCGGAAGCAGCCCGACACUGAGGACCGGGAUCGGUGCUUUAUCAUUACUGGAAGUAUGGUCUCGUGGAUUGAUUCUCCGGCAAACUGGCAAUAUACCAGUAGUAAAUAUGGACUGAGAGGUCUGAUGAGAACGGCCCGCCGAAAUUCUCACGAGCAAGGUAUUCGAAUCAACUAUGUUGCUCCAUGCUAUAUCAAGAGCGCAAUUCGUUCCGCCGCAUAUGAGGCCCAACUCAUCUCCAAAGGCGUUGAGUUUGCAGCCCAGGAAGAUGUGGCUCUGUGCAUGAUGAGACUGGCAACCGACAGAACAAUCAAUGGCCACUCUCUGAUGAUCACACCGAAAUCUGUUGCCAAAGAGGGUUUCAGGGAUGUGGGAAUGGAUGAUCAUAUCGAGGAGGGGUAUUUCAAACGUAACCAGGAAGUUCAGCUCAGCAUUAUUGAGGAUAGAUGGGAGCCGGGUUGGAGUAAAUGGAGGACUGCGGAGGGCGCUUCCAGGUCAUGA